AUAACUUAAUUGAAUAUGUAUUUAGUUUAAUAUAAUUAUAUUUAGUUGUAUCAAAAUGUGAAAAUCCAGUUGAUUUAAGUGCAUCAUUAUUUGAUUCAUUAUUAUCAUCAAAUAUAUCUAUAAAUUCUAAUAUAUAUAAAGAUAAAAUAAUAAAUCUUGAUGGUUUUGAUAUAAAAAGUAUUGAAUGGAAUACAUUUAUGAAUUUAAAUAAACCAGUUCGAACAAUAAUACUUUCAUCAAAUUGUUUAUCUUAUUUACCAAAUAAAAUUUUUGAAGAAUUUAGUAAAAAUUUAAUUAAUCUUAAUUUACAAAAAAAUGAAUUUAAUAGUUUAAAUAAUAAUUAUUUUUUACGUUAUCUUGAAGAAUUACGUUUACUUGAUUUAAGUAAAAAUAAAAUCAAUGAAAUAUUUAAAGAAGAUUUUAAUGGUCUAAAACGUUUAAAUACAUUAAUAUUACGUGAAAAUAAAAUUUCAAAAUUAUCAUCAAAUUUAUUUAUAAAUUGUCGAAAAGUUCGAACACUUGAUUUAUCUGAUAAUAAUAUAUCAAUUAUUGAUUCAAAUACAUUUAAUUUAUUAAAUAAAUUAAAAAUACUUUUAUUAAAUAAUAAUCCAUUAAGAGAAUAUUUAUUAACAAAUUAUUUAUUAAAACCAUUAAUAAAUCUUGAAUAUAUUGAUCUUGAAAAUACUCAACUUAAAAAUCUUUUACCUUUUUUAUUUAUUUCAAAUAAAAAAUUAAAAUCAAUUAAAUUAAGACGAAAUUUUUUUCAAAAUCAAAUUUAUUCAAAUUCAAAUUCAACAUUAACAAAAACAUUUUGUGGUGCUAAUUCAUUAAUUGAAAUUGAUCUUGUUAAUACAAAUAUAAAUACACUUGAUAUAUGUAGUUAUCAUCAAAUUCCAACAUUACGUCGUCUUUAUUUAAUGAAUAAUCCACUUGAUUGUACAUGUGAUUUAUUUUAUUUAAAAUAUGGAGAUAUUUAUCGACUUUUAUUUGUUGAUUCAAAUGAUAAUUAUCAAACAAAUAUUAAUAUUGAUAUUUAUCUUAAUCGUUGGAUAUCAAGACCUGAACUUCGUCGACAUUUAGAAAAUUCUUUUUUACGUGGAGAUAUUCAUCGUUUACCUAUUGAUUUAUCUUUAUUUGCUCGUUGUCAAACACCAAUAGAAUGGAAUGGUUAUGAACUUUAUAAUAUUACUGGAAUUUAUAAUCAAUGUAAAUAUAGAUGGUUUCAUAUUGAACAACAAUGUAAUAAUUAUUGUCUUAUUAAUAAUCAUAUUGAACUUUAUCAUACAAAUAUUAAGUCGAUUUCAUCAACAUUUAUUCAAUAUAAACUUUUUUUUAUUGGAUUAAUCAUUUUUAUUUAUUUAUAA